AUGAAUCGCCAGCGACCUCGCCUUAAGAAUGGGGUCGAUCUCCAGCUCCAGUCGGCCUUUCAAGACGGCAACUGGCCGGUUGUGAUCCGCCUGGCCGAGAAGCGAGCCAAGACGCUCAACGAUCAGUAUUAUGAGGCCGUCAAAAUCUGCGCCGAGAGCCAGCUGGAUGAUCCCGCCGCCAAGUUUGCUGCCGUUGCUGCUGUCUGGAAAUUUGUUAAGGAGGGCAGCACUAUCAAGGAUGUAGACGCCAUUGACUUGAUGGAAUGGGCAACGACAAAUCUGCUCGAUCAAGACGACUUUGCCGAGACUCUGGGGCCACUGAGAGUGCGCGCUGUCAAGGCUGCACCGAAAGACAAGGUUGCCGCCACUCGGUGUCUCGAAUCAUGUUUGCUUCACUGGGACCUUGCCAGCGCUCAACAGAUGAGUCCUCAAGCCUCACCAGAUAAGAGGAAAUUAUACGGUACAUUGGCCCAAAAGCAGAUCGAGCGAGCUGCCCAAGCGACGGAGCAGGCAGAAGCAGGCUCAAACGAUACAUCGGCCAAACCUCCAGCCAGGCGUGUGAAGACAGAAGAAGAGACUCUCCUGCUCUAUGACAUUGUCGAGACCCACGGAACUCCUCAAGACUUCCUCAAGCUCAUUUCUAGCCCUGUUUUCUCUCCUGCCGCGCAAUUUUGCCAAGGCCGAAAAGAAGUGGCCCUGCGCGCAAUUGCCAAGUUCAAACAGGAUGGCGAUUGGCUUGCUGUGUUCAACCUUUGCAGGGAUUGUCUCUCCGAUUGCGAUGCGGACAGACAAUUGACGUUGCUUGCAUCUGAUAUUGCUGUGUGGCGACAUAUAAUUGAUGCUGCAGGCCACAUUAAGGAUGUUGACCCGGAGUCUACGAGCGUUGUUCAACAACUACUCGCAAAAUUGUUGUCAUCUGAGCACAUGCGACCUAUGUAUAGACGCAAUAUCUUAUUGGCAAGAGUCUUGUCAGUGUUCAAUCUUGGUCACAGUGGUGAGAGCGACGUAGUAGAUGGUCGUCCCUCAUCGCUACGACUUCGAGAGCUGAUCCACUACCUGAAUGAUCAGUAUACCAGCCCUGCUUGUUUCAGUGAUGUCAAGACAUUGAUGGAAAGCCUGGAUUCGAACGGCUUGAAGUACCUCGCGUUUGAACAUCUACCUCGAUUGUCUGAGGGUGAUUCGAAAGACUUCAAGGUGGCCAUCACACGCUUAUUGGCUCUGAAAACACAAUAUCUGCUAUUGACACACCGGAAAACGAAAUUCAGAGGCCAAAAUCAACAACUUCAAUGCACCGUUUGCGAAGCGACGGUAAAAUCUACGUUGUGCAACGUCUGCCUCUCGCGGUUUUCUGAGGCCAGUGUGACCUUUUACGACUCAGUUAUGAAGUCCGAUGGUGAAAACACUAAAGUCAACACCGAAGUACUCCCAGAACUGGCAAUAUUGAUUGCGUUCUGCAGCCUGAACCUAGCUUUUGAUGGUUCUGCACAGACUGGCAAGCCACUGGAGCCACAGGAAGCACGUCACCUCAUUCAUGCUACUCUCCUGCUAGAUGAUCAGCUUGCACAGAAUCCAGGUCACAGCCAGCUAUCUCUUGUUUUAACACAGCUACAUAUACGUCUUGGUUCAGCUUACAGGGCUGCCGAUAUUUGGGAUGUUAUUGGUGUCAAGCGCACCAUCAUCGAUUCUCUCGGACCUGUUUUUUAUGAUCGCCUAUCAACAAUUGCCCCUGCGUUACUAUCGUCUUAUGAUAGCUGGGGCAGUCAUCUCAUGGACCUUCUGCAGUCUCACUACCAGAUAUCGUUGAAGCUUAAGAUGCCUCGGCGUUUGGUCGACGCAUUCGAAUCAGGAAGCUACAGCAGCGUGAUGGGGAUACCAAAGUACAUUGACCGUCUUCGCAUGAGUUGUACACGGGCAAUGAGUCUAGCGGAGGCGCGAAGAAUCGAAAGACUCUUGGGGCAAACUUCACAUGAACUGGAGUCGGAUCCGCGAUUCAAUGAGGUAGAUGACGAAGCAAAUCUCAUCCAGACGAUUGAUUACGGAUCAUUUCCAUCCUGGAACAGCAGUACAAUCCGGCCGAUGCAUCUUAAUCUCAGGCUUGGACCAGCUCCAUCAAACCGCAGAUGCCACUUAUCCAUGUUAGCUGAAGCAUUCCACGAGCUGCUGGCCUAUAAACCUCCGGCCAGCUAUAAAGCCUCAGCUGGGAGCUUGGAAUAUGAUCAUAUUUAUGUUAUCGAGACAUUGGCACGCCUCAGCAACUCAUUCCCGAAGUUCUUGGCCGGUCCAGAUGACGAAAUGACCCGACCAGAACUUCUGUACUUUGAGGCUACCAGCCUCACUUGUACCUUGAUGUCUCUAUGUGUCGAUUUUGAUCGAUCUUCUGACAGCUCCGAUGCCUUGUCUCAGAUUACGAAUGCAUUGAAAUUGGUUCUAGAGAACCAACGAAGCCAAAUCUUGCACCAGAGGGAGUCUUCAAUAGAUCGUACGAUUACAAUGUUGGGUUCGAUGCAUAACAUCACGAUGCUUCGAGAUACGACGGCGGUGAUUAAGUUAGGUGCUCAAUGGAUAUUGAACCACAACGAGAGGGAAAAGACGCGGGAUAGGUCUGGGAAGAGCGGUCUUCCCAAAGACUUGGCUUCUCAAUUGAAAGAGUUGCAGACAGCUGCCGAUGCAAGCAUCAAGGAAGGCCAGGGAUGGAUCUCAGGGCUCAAGACGGAAGUCAUGUCAAGAGACUUUGAGCCUAAGCUGAAAAGGUGGCUGUUGGAUGGCGAACACGAUCUUAAGAGCAUCUUCAGCAUGAAUUCCCUUCCCGGGCUGAUUGAUAGCUGGCAAUCAAAUGUCAAGGGAUGGCAGCAGGUCAAAUGGGCGUAAGUGUGCGUUCAUCAGAGUGGUCUGGAUGAAGGAUGAUGUAUAUGCAUGGACAUGUACAGUAUAGACCGAAACAAUUCUUCGGCUCUGUAGUAAAUAAGUAGCUUUAGAUAAAGUGUAUAAACUGUGUAGAUGACGAUACGGACCGUCAUCGGUUCUUC